UUGUUAUACCUACUGUGGCUGCUUGCCAGACUGUGCUUUCUAUCUUACCUGAAUAAACGGUUAACUCAACUGAAGCCUCAUCCUUGAAAAGAUCACGGCACUGUUGACAGCACCAGUACUACCACAAUGUUGACAGCGGAUAACCAUGGAAAGCCGAAUGGGGUCAUCACGUGUCAACAUCUGUCCAAAUAUGCCCUCAUCUUCCUUCUCCUGGUCCUCUCUGUUCUCAUCUGCCUGCUAAUCAACAUGCUCAAUCUGGAGAACCUGAGCUGCCACACAGCAUCAAUGCUUUUUCAGCCACAGAGCAGCAGCCACACGGCUUUCGCCCAGAAGGCGCCCCUCCCUCCCUACUACAACUACACUGUCUGCAGCCACCUGGAGCCCACCCCCGAAGAAGCCCUGGAAGAUCGCUACCUCCUCAACUCUAUCGCUUGGCCCAAGGCCCCCACCGGCCCCGCGCCAGCGCCCCUCAUUCAGAGCAGCGAUCCUGUGCACAGCCUGUUCAACCUCCUGCCCUUAAAAAUCCAGAGGGAGUGGCGAGUGGGGGAUCAGCUGGAGGCCCUGGUCCAGAUGCACGACUUCCAGGGCCGUCCCAAGCGCUACGGCGGGGACUUCCUGGUGGCGCGGUUGCACUCCCCUGAGCUGGGGGCGGGGGUGGCAGGCAGGGUGGUGGAUCACCUCAACGGCUCCUACUUGGCUCUGUUUCCCCUGCUGUGGCAGGGCACGGCCCAGGUUGUGAUCACCAUGGUGCACUCCAGUGAGGGGGUGGCCGUGCUGCAGCGGCUCCAGGAGCAGCGGUCUGACCGGGUCUUCUUCAAGAGUCUGUUCCGCUCGGGCAAGCGGUCCGAGACCACUUUGUGCAACAUGUGCCUGCCACCAAAUCAGCCGAAGCAGCCGCUGUGCAACUACACGGACCUCCACACCGGGGAGCCCUGGUACUGCUUGAAGCCCAAGAUGCUGAGCUGUGACACCAGAAUAAACCACGCCAAGGGAGGCAACAAGAAGAACCUCAUCACCAACAAAGAAGCACUACUCCUUCAGAGCGGUGUGAACAUCAAAGUUGUCAUCCAUGCGUCAGGACCAGAUCGGAUCAACGUGCUUCCUGGGAAGAAAGAUGAGAUAAAAAACCGCAGCAUCAUACCAGAGCCAGUCAAAUACACCCCUUCUGGGUAUUACUACCAAGGCUCUUGGAGGUCCUUCGCUGGAACUACUGCCCGCAAGUUUAACGACUCCUCGUCCAUCACGCAGUGCCUGACUGGCAAGGUGUUCCACAUGUACGGAGACUCCACGGUGAGGCAGUGGUUUGAGUACCUCAACGCUUUAGUACCAGAAAUCAAAGAGUUUAACCUGCAUAGUCCACAGAGAUCAGGGCCCUUCAUGGCGGUGGACAGUAAUCACAACAUCUUGUUGACAUACCGCUGUCACGGUCCGCCCAUCCGUUUUGGCGCCGUCAGCACCAACGAGCUACGCUAUAUUGCCAAUGAGCUGGACGGCCUGCCUGGAGGGGCUGACACAGUGGUAGCCAUCAGCAUCUGGUCCCACUUCAGCACCUUCCCCGUGGAGGUCUACAUACGCCGCAUGCGGCACAUCCGACGGGCACUGGUACGGCUCCUGGACCGGAGCCCUGGCACGCUUGUGGUGAUCCGCUCGGCCAACUUACAGGUCCAGAACCAGGAGGUGAGCCUGUACAACAGCGACUGGUUCUCACUGCAGCGCGACAGGGUUCUCAGGACCAUGUUCAUGGGCCUGGGUGUUGUGUUUUUGGAUGCCUGGGAGAUGACCUUAGCCCAUAAUCUCCCCCACCAACUCCACCCACCCCCGGCCAUCAUCAAGGACAUGAUGGACCUCAUCCUGUCUCAUGUGUGCCCUACCAAGAAGCAGAAGAGCUAGUGGCAGGGAAAGAAGGGGGGAAGUUGAGAUGUGCUGUCCAAUUCCUUGCAACAUUGUUGCUCUAUUCUGAUUCUCUUACCAUUAAUAAGUUAACUAUUUAGCAAACGCCUUUAUGCAAAGGACCUUGCAGUGGAUUCAGAUAUAUAUGAUUGAGGAGAAGAUAGGCAUGAAGCACCUUGCUCAAGGAUACCUACAGAGAUCGCACCCUUUAUCUAUCGACACCCUAUCCACUACAGUUCUUUAAUUUUAGUGGCCAGUUGAUAAACUAGAACAAGAGUGUUUGUUAUGGCCACUGUCAGAGGCCUCUAUACAUUUGUAAAAAAUAGUGUCGUUUUUUCUAUGGACUGUUGCCUUCAACUGUACUUUUGGAUUUGUUUAGGCAGGGGAAGGUUACUAGACGUUGUGUCUAUUUGGCAGCUAGAUAGCUUUGCCUUCCUUUUGUUAGCUGAUAGCUUAUCUCUGUUUGUUUGAUUAUUUUAUUCGGCAGCACUCGAGUUCCACGUCCUGUUUGCAUAUCUUGCAUAUCUUGGUGUCAUACUUGUUUUAUGUUUUGAUGUUCAGACUGUGCUUUCUAUCUUACUUGAAUAAAUGGUAAACUCAA